AUGAAUGAUCAAAUUGAUGUCGGCAAGGGACAGGAGGAGGAGAAGGAGAAGGAGCCGUCGAAGCACCUGGAGGCGCUGCACAAGAAGAAGGAGGCGCAUCUUCCGCUCGGCGCCGGCGGGCGGGGGCGGGGGCGGGGGCGGGGGGGGGGCGCGGGCGCGGGGGGCGCGCUGCCGCCGCCCGCGCUGCCCGCGCGCGCCGCCUGCCUCGACGUCUACGUCGCCAUGGCCGCCAACCCCUGGAACUUUGUGGUGCAACCCAAUAGUACCAGGCACACUCUUCAAACAAUGCUGGCAUCAUUACAAGUGGAGUGUCCUAAAAUACCAGAGUCAGAAGCUCCCACGAACCCGAGCAAAGGCGAGCUUUAUGUCGCUUAUUACGAUAAAGACGAUUCCUGGUACAGGGUGACGGUGGCGGGCGCGGUGUCGGCGGAGAUGGUGUCGGUGUACUUCUGCGACUACGGCGACCUGGCGCUGACGGCGGCGCGCGCGCUGCGGCCCGUGCCCGCCGCCGCGCCGCUCGCGCGCCACCUGCCGCCGCAGGCCAUCAAGGCCAGGCUCUACGAUGUAAAGCCUCUUCACCAAGACUGGACCGUAGAAGACUGCAUCAGGUUCCAAGAGCUGUGCGUGGAGCAGCAGUUCGUGGGCGUCUGCAAGGAGGUGGGUAAGGACCCGCUCAACCCCAGCGAGCCGCUGCUCACGCUCGACCUCAUCGACACCUCCACGGACGAGGACAUCUACCUGAACAAGCAGCUCGUGGCUGAGGGCCGAGCGCGUCUCGCCUCCGCUUCCACCUCUACCACCUCUACCACA